CUCCAAGACGACCGCAGCAACCAUGUCCAAGGGCAGCAAGUAUCUGCUGGUGUCGCUGCCGACGUCCAUCUCGCCCUCGAAUCACCACGACGAUGCGCUGACAGCCCUGCGAUCGACCGUGACCAAUGACGUGGGCAACACCUCCCCAUUUGCGAUACCCAACUUCAAGAUCGGCACCUUGGACGCCCUGGUCCAGCAGGCCGACGACCUUUCCAAGCUGAACAAUGUGUGCGAGGGCGUCGUCGGCAAGGUCGGCGAGAGCCUGCGCCAGAUACUCGACGGCGACGAGGCCAAGGUGCAGCAGCAGAAGACGAUCAACGACAAGCCUGUCGACCAGUAUCUGCGCAACUUCCAGUGGAACAAGGUCAAGUACCGUGCGGACAAGCCCAUCGCAGAUCUGAUCGAUGCGCUGCAGAAGGAGAUACAGGGCAUCGACAACGACGUCAAGGCCAAGUUUAGCCAGUACAACCAGACCAAGGGCGCACUCGCAGCCGCCGAACGAAAACGCACAGGCAACCUCUCGACCAAGUCGCUGGUCAAUGUCGUGAACCCCAAGUCGAUUAUCCGCGACUCGGAAUACCUCGACACGCACCUCAUCGCCGUCCCCAACAUGGCCGUCAAGGACUUUUACAAGUCGUACGAAGAGGUGUGCCCCAUGGUCGUUCCCCGCUCCGCCACCAAGAUAGCCGACGACGACGAGUUCACCCUGUUCGCCGUCACCACGUUCAAGAAGCAUUCAACCGAGUUUGUGCACAAGUGCAGAGAGAAGCGGUGGACCCCGAGAGACUACACGUACAAAGAAGGCGGAAAGGAAGAGGAGGCCAAGGAAGCCGACCAACUAGCCAAGGACGAGAAGAAGCUCUGGGGUGAGGCGCUGAGGCUAGGCCGGACGGGGUACAGCGAGAGUGCCAUGAUCUGGAUCCACGUGCUGGCACUGAGAGUGUUUGUGGAAACGGUGCUGCGGUACGGUUUGCCGCUCGAUUUUGUGUGCGGCAUCGUGCAGACGGACGCGAAAUCAGCGAAAAAAGCAAAGACCAACCUUGACGAAGCCUACUCAUACCUUGGCGGCAACGCCUUCGGCCGCGACAGCAAAGGCCGCAUCAAGAAGGACGACCAAGCCAUGUCAAUGGACAUGCAACAAGCCGGACACAUGGGUGACCAGGAGUAUACUGCUUAUGUCUACUACGAGUUCGAGGUUGUAUAGUGCGUCACGCGAUUAAUGCGCCAUGGAGGGAAACUGUUUUACGAUUUGGAGGCUUUUCGCAUAAAGCAGUCGUGUAUGCGGCACCCGUAGAUGAUUGAUUGCAGUACUCUUGACCAGCCGGAAAUACUGGUAGCAUGCCGCCUACUUUGCUCUGCUCAGGCAACCCCUGUCUACGCCACGAUUCUCAUUGCAUCAUGAAUAGCGUGUACAUCAGAUGACAGUAUUAAAGAGUAAAC